AUGAGCCUCCGCGAACUCGAAGUUCUUGCCGCGCUCUGUAAAGCGGCGCCGCUGCUUCGCACGAUGGAAGAUGCUGCGAAUCUACUGGAUCAACUAUGCCCUUACCUACCCGAAGCUCAUCGACAACAUUUGAGAUACUCGCCUCUGUACCAGCACUUGCCGCCAUGGGAGUCUUUGUCAUUCGACCUCACCUCCGCAAUCCUCGCGAUCGGUUUGAAUCACCCCUCGCUCCGACAGAAGGCUCUUGCUACUAUCACGGAGACCGUCGAGCAACUUACCAAUAGCGCGGAGAGCACUGCUUGGAUGACCCCGGUACCGAAGCAUGACACGGUCGGCCAAGCGCACGCGGUCGAGCGAAUUCUACCUGCAAUCCAGCUCACGGUCUCCCUGCUUGGCUUCUUGAGGGCCACUGCGAAUCAUGUCCGCAUAUGGACCCCCCAGCAACGUAUGUUUAUGAUCCAAAAGCUGCGAUACCUGCUCUCGGAAAAGUUUAUGGUGUCUAUGGAAGGCGCCUUGUCCGCGGUGCGCAACUCACGGAGCAACUCACAUCCCGCCAAAGAAUGGAGACGCUGGAUUCGGCGAUAUGCGACCAAGGGAACCCCUCUUGGCGCGAUGUUAUUACAGCAAGCUUUCAUGAAAGUCGUCGAAGAAAGUGUGUCCCGGCUUCUCGCCCCGGAAAGUGACUUGACCAGCUCUGGCCUGUGGGAUACCCUGGUACAUCGCUCGCCGCUGGUGGAUCGUCGAAAUCUAGAUGCCGACGAUGAUAUGAUGGUAGAGCUCACCGAGGUGGUCAUCGAAGAGCUGGAUCUUCUCGAGGCAGAUGCCGACUACCUACAAGUCAGCUCCGCCUGGCAGCAACGCCUCGCGCUGCAGGUCAAAGCGAGCAGUCUGCGGAGCUUCUUAUAUUGCUCUCUCAUCAACGAGGGGAUUGCUGAUGACGAUUUGCUUCUUUCGUGGUUUGAUGGCAUCACGGCCGACUACGUUCAAAUGGCCAACGAGGAGCUUGCGAAGACAGUACUGCAGUCCAUGGUAGUGCUCGCCAGAACUUCGACAACAACAGCGUCGAACAUGAGUCGUUCCGUCCCAAGGCUUCUGGUACAUGGCAAAAUGCCCUCAGAGACGGCCAGGUUCGCUGGGCAAUGCCUAGCUACAAUUUUGAAACGCCUUUCUCAAGAUUUGGUCAUCAGCACGUUGUACAGUCUGGGCAAUCUACUCAGUGCUGGCAACGAGCAACCGCCCGGUGCAUCGCCGUUUUUCGAUGGGGUGGCUGAUGGUACGAACGGGUCCUCGGAAUCUUAUCCAUCACAGCAGCUUCUUGGGAGCCAGCUCUCGCUGGUCGUCAGUGAUGAGGAGGAGUCCAACGUCGUGUACGGAUCGAUUAUCGCAGCCAUCGUCUCGAUCGCAACAGCCUGCAACGACGAAAAAAUCACAGCGCUGGCUCUGUCUAUUCUUGUGCAGAAGCUUGGCCGGAUCAGUCAAACGGUAAAUGCACGAGUCAUCAUCGAGUCCGCGGCACUCGGUCUCUGCGGUGGCGUUGACCAACUCAAAGCACUUGUGCGGCUGUAUGCCAGGAUUGCCGGCGAGUCAAUUGUGAGAAACAGUUCCGUGAUCAUCAAUGCGGUCACCGAUGCACGUGUGCGGCUCGCCAUGUGGAUCAAAAAAGACUCGCCGCUUUACGAGCCCUAUCUGAUGCACCUGCUCGACCUUGGGGUCAGCAGUGGGGAUACAGCUGGCGAGCGAAAGGUAGACGUCGCCCAAGCCACGGAGACAAUCGCGCGUCUCAUUCGGCCUACCGCUGUACUGGCUUCACACGAUACUGAUCAUCUCCCGCUCUUUGAAGACGAAAAUGGAGUGCUUCAGCUGAGCCGUGACGCAUGGUUCAAUUUAGUGGUCCAUGGCUUUACCUGGAACUCACCUACCACCAGAGAGCAUACGGAGGAACUGCAACUCCUCGCCUCGUACAGCUUGCCCCUUGUCGACGAAGAUCGUGUCGACAUGCCGGAAAGCGGCAUCGAUCUGAACCCAGUCCUACGGCGUGGAGCGAGUACUCAAGGAUCGACGGAGCUAAAGGCGGCGCUGACCGCAGCCCUCCCACAAUGUGAACAUCACAUCAAAGAUCUCGAAUACCAGGACUGUGUUUUCCUCAAUGCAGCGCUCCUCGUGUCCACGUUUCGGGCACGCUCGGGCGAUUGCACUGCCGUGCUCUCCUACUUCCUGGAAAACAAGGUCAAGAAGACCGAGAUGGGCUCCGUCAUGCUGGCCAUAUCCCAGCGAAGCGUGGACACAUUCCUGAGCCCCGCGCUUACCGGGAAGCGGCACGAGUUCGGGGCUUCUCAAGUUGCCUUGCAGCUGGCUUCGUUCUUCGAAGGUGCUUGUCACAGGAUAUCCAAAGUUCAGAUCGCAGCAGUUUCUGCGGCCGACCGCAUCAUCAACCAAAUCCCGUCAGCGCUGUGCCAGAAGGCGUCUUUGUUCGCUCUGCUUGAACUUCUGACGCUCAUGUGGAAGAGCUGUCUUGACGCCGAGACAGACGAGUAUGACUGGAAGGCCAUCUACACGUCUGUGAGAGGCAACGUAACAAUUCGCAUCUCAGACGAUGUUCACUAUCGUCAAACGACGCUUACCAACUUCCACCAGCGAUGCCGCCUAUGGGUCUCCAAGGCCAUCAAUCUGGCCCCGCUUGACGUCAAAGGUCUGUUGCAAGCAUAUCUUGAAGACUACGAAGAUGAUGGAUCUUAUGGACACAUUGCGCUCGGCCGCUCAUUUGCAGUGGAAAUGGGCUCCACGAUCCCCAGCACCGACCAGAGGCUCACCAGUCUGGAUAGACAGCGAGACUUGAACGUAAACACGGCUUCCGAUUUCAUUGCGCAAUACACGACGCGACUGGAAUACCGAAGCGUUGAGACCAGUACCAAAGCUGACGAUGACUGGCUGAUUGUGGAACAUCCGGGCUCCGUCCACCCUCUCCACCCGGAGCCGUCCACGUCGGAACUUGUGGAAGCUCGGAGACUUCGAUCGACGGCGCAAAAGCUUCAGAAGCGUGAGCACGUUCCGUUUGCAGAAGUACGCGACACGCUUCGCAACGCAGCUGGCGUACUCAGUGAGAAUGCAUGCGAUCGCACAGCGUUGGUAUCUGACUUGGUUGGAAUUCCUUUCGCCCUGUUCACCAAGCAAUCCAUCAACUUGGGCAUAUCACUGUGGCUGGGCAUUGUCAAGGAGAAUCCGGCGUUGGAGUCACGCAUUUUGGUUGAGAUUGCUGCCGGGUGGGAGGCCUCCAUACGACGAAAGAAGGGCCUCUUCCACCCUACUCUGCACCAUCCGGAUCCCUUCUACCUGAAGGAAGAGUUCGCGCCGUCGGCGUGGAGUACCAUCAGCCGACGCCAGCAAAUGGUGCAAAACCUGAUCACUCCUCACCUCCGCUUGACCCACUUGCUUUCGAGCCACUUCAACGCGUCCAGACUCAUCGCACCAUCCAUCGAGCAUGUGUACAUACGACUCAUGUACAUCACCAUGCGUGCGAUGAAGCGCACUUCACCACAUCCGCUGGCAAGAGAGGUGCACUUCAGUAUCAUUCUUUUGGCACUCAGUGUAUUGUGCUACAGCACCCACAUCCGCCCAGCCACCCGCUGGCGCUUGAAAGAUUCCAUUCUUUCUGCUGGCCUUGGCUGGUUCGCCGCACCGCCAAGAUGGUCGUUUGGCAGCAAUAGACUGCAAGUCAAGGCCGAAAUAAAAUUACUCAACGAUGUGUACGGCAUGCUGAAGGAGACCGGCCCCAUUGGCACUCAAGCUACCCGCUCACUCCAGUCGCUUCGUUCGAAGCAAGAGCUGUUGCAACACCUCUUAAUGCACGAAGUCAACCGCCUCACUGUCUGGAUCAGUCCACUUGGCAGUGAUUCCAGAGGAACAGUUCCCCUAAACAAUCUCGGUGCAACCGUCAAAGACUCGGCGAUUUUGCCAUUGGUAGGCACAGCAUGGAAAGAGGAUCCCCGCAUCGCUGUCCAACUGGCCGCGAGGUUCUCACAGUCGGAGAGUCUGAUGAACGAGGUUCGUGCGUACAUCUUGCGCCGGCCAGACCAAGUCAUUGACGAGCCUGAUGCACUCUACGUUCUACUCGGCUCGCUGCUGCCAGAUGACGUGAGGGUUCAGCUGAAGUAUUUGCUGUACUGGGCACCGAUCAAUCCCAUGGCGGCUGUCACCUACUUUCUACCGGCAUAUGGCAACCACCCAUUCAUCAUCCAAUACGCCAUGAGGGCACUGGACAGCCAUUCAGUCGAUGUCACCUUCUUUUACGUGCCGCAAGUUGUGCAAACACUGCGCUACGACGCCCUGGGCUAUGUCGAACGGUACAUUAUCGAGGCAGCCACAUUUUCGCAACUCUUUGCGCAUCAGAUCAUUUGGAACAUGAAAGCAAAUGCCUACAAGGAUGAGGAGUCUCAAGAGCCAGACCCCGUGAAACCGUCGUUGGACCGGGUGACGGAUGCGUUGAUCUCCAGCUUCACCACAGAGGAUCGUGGCUUUUACGAACGCGAGUUUGACUUUUUCGGCAAAGUCACCGACAUAUCGGGCACGUUGAAGCCACUGAUCAAGAAGCCGAAGUCGGAAAAGAAGGCGAAGAUCGAGGAAGAGCUGCGAAAGAUCCAAGUGGAGGUGGGCGUGUACUUGCCCAGCAAUCCAGAUGGAGUGGUGAUUGGAAUCGAUCGGAAAUCCGGAAAGCCGUUGCAAAGUCACGCCAAGGCCCCUUUCAUGGCCACCUUCAGGAUCCGCAAGGAAGACGUGGAGCAGCAAGAGGACAACGAGCAAGCCUUGACAAAUGGAGACGCACACAAGCGCAGAGCGGUGGAGAUAUGGCAGUCGGCGAUUUUCAAAGUCGGCGACGAUUGUCGGCAAGACGUUCUGGCGCUGCAGAUGAUCGCAGCCUUCCGAGGGAUCUUCAACACCGUUGGCCUGGAUGUUUAUGUGUUCCCAUACCGAGUCACGGCUACGGCUCCGGGCUGUGGUGUGAUUGACGUGCUUCCGAAUUCAAUCUCCCGAGACAUGCUUGGACGCGAAGCGGUGAAUGGGCUGUACGAGUACUUCAUCUCCAAGUACGGCCACGAAGACUCGAUCCGGUUCCAAGAGGCUCGCAGCAAUUUCAUCAAGAGCAUGGCGGCCUACUCAAUCAUCUCCUUUUUGUUGCAAUUCAAAGACCGUCACAAUGGCAACAUCAUGGUGGACGAUGCCGGGCACAUCCUGCACAUCGACUUUGGAUUUUGCUUCGACGUGGUGCCUGGAGGCGUGAAAUUCGAGCGAGCUCCGUUCAAACUGACGCCGGAGAUGCUGGCGGUGAUGGGAGGAUCGACAAAGUCCCAGCCCUUCCGCACCUUUGAGGAGUUGUGCGUGAAAGCAUUCUUGGCCUCAAGGCAGUACGUGGAGCAACUGUCGCACAUCGUCUCCACCAUGCUGGACUCCGGCCUGCCCUGCUUCAAGCCGCAGACCAUGAAGCAUUUCCGCGAACGCUUCGUCCUGGAGAAGUCGGAUCGAGAAGCUGCAGAGUUCGUGCGGCAUUUGGUGCACGUGAGCGAACGAAGCUACUCCACCGGCGUGUACGACUACUACCAAUUACUGACCAACGGGAUUCCCUACUAA